AUCAAAAGACCAAUGAAUGCCUUCAUGGUAUGGGCGAGGACCUACCGCGGAUACCUGGCGCAGACCAUGCCUAAUGCCACUAAUGCCGAGAUCAGUGUCAAGCUUGGUCAGGUCUGGAAUGAAAUGACUUCAGAAGAAAAGAAACCUUUUUAUGCCGAGGCAGACCAGAUUAAAAACCAGCAUAAGAAAGAUCAUCCC